AUGAAUGAAGACUUCCUGACGGAACGUACACGUAAAGAACGGAAGCGUCCACCUCAUUGCCGGACGUGUGUCUGCGAAGAAGAUGUGAAAAUAAUAAGUCAGGUGACUUUGCCAGUUCCCAAAGUCAGGAAAAUGGACGAAUAUUGUAAGAGAGAAUGCCAAUGUGGAUGGAGUGGUCCAAAUAGGCAGAACUGGGCCGAAGACGAAUGGGAUCAACCAGCGUUUUGCAGACCCACUCACACGACAAAAAUCGAACGUAAAAUCCAUACAGAUCAUAAGUACGGUACAUUGGAGAACUGGUUUAAGAGGUUUGAUUUCGAUUGCAAUGGUUUCCUGAACCUCUUCGAGUUGCGAGCAAUGCUUAAUUUUCUUGGAGCCCAUACUCAUCCAGACUACAUCCGAAGAUUGAUGGAGAAAGCUGAUCGGGAUGGAGAUGGGUGCUUAUCCUUCCCAGAAUUCUUACAGAUGUGGAGACAAGCAGCAGUGCACGAUGAGGAUUUGUACGAGAUCAUGAAAGCACAUGAUUUAUAUCCUGAUGUAUUACAAGUCGAAGAUUUCAGAGGACAUUAUCCAAGAAAGGAAUAUUUGUAUCGUUAA